UCUCUACCUGUCUCUCUCCCCUCCUCCCUCGGUCCUCUUCCCGCUCCUCCUCCCUCUCGGUGCGGACAUGCUCCGGGUCGUGAGGAGAUGAGGUUCCGAAAUGCCUCCUUCUUGACGCUGCUGUUGUUCGGACUGUGCGGGCUGGUCUCGCUGUCCUGGUACACCGCCUUCAGCAGCUCCAGAGGAGAUGUGGUGGACAUCUACCAGAGGGAGUUCCUGGCCUUGAGGGAGCGUCUGCACUCGGCCGAGCAGGAGAACCUGCAGCGCUCCAAGGAACUCAACGUGGUCCUGGAGGAGAUCAAGCGGGCCAUCGCGGAGAAACAAGCGCUGAGGGACAUCAACAGGACCUGGAGCAGCCUCUCUGAGGAGACCCGGUUGAAGUUGUGGAACGUGAGCAGCAGUAAAAACUUCCUGCAACUUCCUUCAGUCCUCCAUCAUCUUCCCCACCUGAUCCACAGAGAAGACAGUCUGCAGCCCGCCGUGCACGUGGGCCAGGGACGCACUGGAGUCUCCAUAGUGAUGGGCGUUCCCAGCGUGAAGAGGGAGGUCCACUCCUACUUGACGGACACGCUCAACUCACUGAUGUCGCAACUCAGCGCCGCCGAGAAGGACGAUUGCAUCAUCGUGGUCCUCAUCGCUGAGGCGGACCACGAGUACGCCAUGAGUGUGGCGGACAACAUGAAGCAGCUUUUUCCAGUAGAGAUCCAGUCCGGUCUGUUGGAGGUGGUGUCUCCGUCGGUGCACUUCUAUCCAGACUUCUCACGCCUCAGAGAGUCUUUUGGAGACCCCAAAGAGAGAGUGAGGUGGAGGAGCAAGCAGAACCUGGACUACUGCUUCCUGAUGAUGUACGCUCAGUCCAAAGGCACCUACUACGUCCAGCUGGAGGACGACAUCGUGGCGCGGCCCAACUACUUGACCACCAUGAAGAACUUCGCUCUGCAGCAGCCUUCGGAGGAGUGGAUGAUUCUGGAAUUUUCUCAGCUCGGCUUCAUCGGUAAGAUGUUCAAGUCCUCAGACUUGUCCCUCAUUGUGGAGUUCAUGUUGAUGUUCUACAAAGACAAGCCCAUAGACUGGCUCCUGGACCACAUCAUGUGGGUCAAAGUCUGCAACCCCGAGAAGGACGCGAAACACUGCGACAGACAAAAAGCCAACAUGAGGAUCCGCUUCAAGCCGUCCUUGUUCCAGCACGUGGGCACACACUCCUCCCUGGCCGGGAAAAUCCAGAAACUCAAGGACAAGGACUUUGGCAAGCAGACCCUCCACAAGGGCCACGCCAACCUGGCCGAGGUGACCACCAGUCUGAAGACCUACCAGCACUUCACGCUGGACAAGGCCUACCUUGGAGAGGACUUCUUCUGGGCCUUCACCCCCGUGGCCGGGGACUUUGUACGCAUCCGCUUCUUCACGCCCGUGCGCAUCGAGAGGUACUUCUUCCGCAGUGGGAACAUUGAGCACCCGGGAGACAAACUCUUCAACACGUCCGUAGAAGUUCUCCCUUUCGAUAACAUCCAGGCAGACAAAGAAGUCCUGGCGGACGGGAAGCAGAGGAGCCAACAGUACCAUCGCACGGAGGACGGCUUCAUCAGAAUCGGAAUGUUCCAGAAGGGCAUUGCCGAGGGGGAGGUGGAUCCCACCUUCGGGCCCUUGGAGGCCAUGCGCCUCACCGUGAUGACCGACUCCCCGGUUUGGAUCAUCCUCAGUGAGAUCUUCAUCAAGAAGGCGGAGUGAGGGUCCUCCUGCUCAGUCAACCUCCGCCUGAUCCCUUCCCACCACGGUGCGACGGCGCCGCCCUCUGGUGGAGCUUUGCCACUGCAAGUCAGACAAGACAGAAAAGGGCGAGGCGCCCAGACAGGUGUUCUCUGCGAAACCCACCGCCAUGGCUUAAGCGGGACCUUCUCAAGACGGAGGCCGGUUUUGCGGCGGAGACGUGGACAUGCGUGGUGGAGGAUCGACAAGAUGCCGUGUGCCUUUUUUUGAAGGGCUGCUGUGGGCCCCGGGGGAGCCCGGAGACAUCCUGCAGACCUCCUGCCUGUCAAUAAGACGUGCUCCUCAUGAGAUCAUGGAGGAAGUCAGAUGCUAUCUGCUCCGCUUCGGGCGGAGAGCAUCACGUGACACCCGCUCUCAAUAAACACUUUGUACUGGUGCUCCGUGCCGCCAGGACCUUUCUGCUCUUUUCUUGCCCACUUUCCUGUCACGUCAACAGUAAAAUAGGAAUUAUUACAUGAAGGGUCUGCACAUUGGUGUUCUUCUUCUGGGAGAUGUUCUCCACCAAAGUAUUGGGAAAAACAAGUUGCCUCUAUAUUGAAGCUAUUAUCAAAUACAGUCGUGGUCAAAAGUUUACAUACACUUGUAAAGAACAUAAUGUCA